AUGGGAAGCACAAAGGAACAAACCGUCGUUCUCAACAAGUGUCACCGGGCAUCGUUCCCGAAAAAAGCCCCGCAACCCCUCCACUGCACAGAGGGCGAGAAAGACUUGAUUUCGCACAAUGCUCGUUCCCCGGUGCCCCGUCAGAACAAGACGCUGAGGAUCCACUUACGCACUCACGCCUCUCCCGAAUGCAAUGUCUGCUUUAAAAUGUUCCCCGACAAGCAGAGCCUGAUGAGGCACAACCGCGUACAUACCGGAGAGAGACCUUUCGUUUGCAGCGAAUGCGGAGCGAAGUUCACCCAGCGGGGUAAUCUCACAACUCAUCUUCGAACUCAUACAGGGGAAAAACCUUUCGUUUGCUCGGAGUGCAAAGAAGCAUUCUCCCAAAAUGCUCAUCUAAUUCGACACGUCCGAACGCAUACGGGCGAGAAACCGUAUCGAUGCCGUUUAUGUAAGCAGAGCUACGCUACGAAAACGUCCCUCGAUUUACACGUUCGGAUACACGCGGGGAAGAAACCUUUCCCCUGCAAGUUCUGCGGGCGUGGCUUCGCCGACAAAACGAAUCUCAAAUCCCACGAGCGAAUCCAUACCGGUGAAAAGCCCUACGUGUGUUUCGAAUGCAACAAAGCAUUCACCCAAAGCAAUGACCUGACUCGUCAUCUGAAACUCCACAACGGAAAACAAACCUAUCCAUGUGAUAAGUGCCCUCUCAAAUUCGCCUACGAAGAAAACCUCAAACAGCAUUAUAUCCGACAUGAGAAGAAUAGAGGAGAUUUUCAGCAGCGUUCCCGCCUCAUAGCUGACGCUUAG